AUGGCAAUAAAGGCUAUGCCACCAGCAGAUGACAGAAUCAUCAAUGAUUGUCACGGGCUGGCAAAACCUAUAAAUGUGACCAUAGAGCCUCAUAAUUUAGAACGGGAGAAUGCUCCAUUCGCAGUUUCAGCCCCAAAAUAUGAAGGUACGGCGAGGACACAAAGAAGCGCUACUGAGAAUAGAAGGCAGUUUACGCUCUGCAGACCAGGGUGUUUGGUUGUGUUGUUUGUCAAUAGCGGAAUCACUGGCUAUGAUAAGAAUCUGUGGUCAAUCGCUGGCCUUGCUUAUGUAGAAAAAGCGUUUACCUACGAACAUGCUCAAAGGAUCCUGGAAAUGGACGCGGAGCCACAGAGUUUUACACAGGGGGAGAGGGACAUGUGGAGUGGGCUACUCGAUCAAGAGUACAUUAUGCAAUCAUCCCGAUCCCUCGUGCAGGCCUUCAAAACAGCUUCAAAGUACAUUUACUCAACCGGUUUUGUUCGUAAUCUUUUCUCCAAAAAUCCAUGGCUGCAGUUCUCAGUGAGCAGUCUGGAGCAAAAGUUAGUCAUGGUCAAGAAGCUUGAGAAGAUUGCGACGGGGUCAAAGCUGAGAUAUUGGAACAAACCCCGGAGCGCCGCUAAGUUGCUAGCUCAGCAUUCCUUGUCUCGUCUAUUUCCUUUGAGGCGGAGAAUUAUUGGGCCGGGUAGGCGGCAAUACCAGAAGCACUUCAAGACCCUCAACCAGGCCCUGCUGCAAGCAAGGGCUGGGACAGAUGCCCUAGAGCUCAUUCUCGCUUCUAAAACUCUGCCCAUGUACUCGUGGACUGACAGCUUUUAUUCACACCCGAUCGCGACCCUGCACAGCACAGUUGCCCAGGCCUUUGAAGAUGCUGUGAAUGGUGUGAGUGGUCUGUUUUCAAAUGAAGUCAAGAGCAGCUGUUUUUCUUUUGCCUACCGCGUCAACAGCAUCGCCCCAUAUACUGCGGUUUACCCUGGUGGCAUUCUCGGAAACAUUAUGAACGGUCUUAUUCGUUCGUAUUUAUUGGUCUUUCAACAUUCUCUGAUCAAUUUCAAGGGUAUCUUUGCUCUCCUAAUUGGAGUUGUCUGCAAAACGAGGAUUAUACAGGCAGCUGUAACCAUGAGGGGAGACCCCAUUGGGCGAGGCUUGAUGGAUCGUAUGUUCAAGCGGGAGGCCGUAGUGCUUACCACAAUUCUCUUUCAGCUGCAUGCGGUUAACGUGGAGGAGCAGUAUGAACACGCUGAUAAUAUAAAGACUGCACUAUCUGGUUCAGGCGGUAGCUGGUCUCUUGCUGAAGGGCUCUUCAUCGGGGCAGCUGAGUUUGCUCGGGCUUUCCAUUCUCUUGUGAUUCAAUACACUCGUAGCGCAGAUGCUUACGUAAAAAUCUGCAAACACAUUGAAAAUGAAGCCCAUAAAAAGGACGUUGAGCUACAGGACUUCUCGGAAGAAGGCACAGGAGAUUAUAUUCCGGCUGAAAGCAGGACUAUGCAAAAUCUCGCAGACGAAGCACUUGAAUUUUUCCCCGAAGCCCACCCAGAGGCUUCUGGCGCUGACGAGCCUCUAAAUACUCUUCAAAAGCUUGAGCUAUUAAACAAAAGCUGCAGGAAAAACUCGGGCUUCGUGGCGGGGUACACGACUAGAAAAUUGUAUUAUGUGAAGCGAGUGAUUGGACACAUGGUGCGCGUUUUGCAGUACUACUUCAAAUAUUUCAAAUCUUAUAUUGCAGAUAUUCUUUCUAUUUUUUACGAGACUGCUCUAGCAAUGCUCGAGACAAAGAUCAACGACUCCCUGGGAACACCAGAAGGGGUUACAACUCAAGCAGAAGAGAUGGCUGCAGCGGAGGCGCGCCAUGCAGCGAGGAAGAGCGCGGCACAGAGUGCCAUCGAGGACAGCCAGCUUCCUAGAAAAAUAUUUAGGGCAAUGAAAUUUGCAAAGGAAAGCCAAAAUCUCGCGCACGGCUUUUACAAAGCAGCUGGAGCAUUCUCGCUGCUCCACUUGGCAGAGACACAUGAAGAAGACGAUGCUGAGGCGACAAAACUAGUUGCUUUGGAGCUGCUGACUCAAGGGGAAGCCUCGAUGCGUUCGGGUCUGGGCACGAUAUACGAGCGCUUUUUAAACAGUGAGGUCCUGCUAAGUCGGGUGGUAAAGAGCAAGAAACGACUCAAAGUCUUUGAGCUACUCGCCAAAUGCCACACGCCACUUGAAGAGAGAUCGGAGGAUGCAAAAUCGGUCUGCGGAAAGAUCGUAACAAGUGAAAUAGAUAAAGAUGAGUUUAUUGCAAGUGCAUUGUUUUCUCUGAAUCUGCCCAUCUCCGGACCGCUAAAUGACAUUGCCUUUUACUCGACGGGCACCGCUACAAGGGCAUUCGAGCUCUGGGCGCAGUACAGCGCGGCUAAAGGCAAGAAGAACGCACUCCAGAUAGCAAACCGGAAUGUUGACAACGGCCGCAAUGCUGCGCUCAUAGAACAUCUCCGCAAUGAAGUCAAUGAGAAGUUGACUUUCCGGCGUUUUGAAGUUGUGGAGCACACAGCGAAAAUCAUUCUCUAUGACGAAAACGGCAGAAGUCUAACAUUUACUGAACUUACUGCUCCUGCACACAGCAUAAAUGGAAAGCGAAUCGCCAAACCAGAUCCUCUUGAUUGUACAAGCCGGUUCAAAAUAAAAGAAAGCAAUCAUGGGACUUUGGUAUUUUAUCUAGCCUCUGGCCAGAGAGCGGGAGAAAAAAGCGGAACGCGAGACCCUACACUGGCAGCACAACGCGAACUCAGCCCAGCAAUUGAAUUAGAGGGAAAACUAGAGUAUAAUGACGAGAGAAAGGAGCUGUCAAGCAUUCAAAAUGACCCAACGGCAAUCAGGGACACCAUAACGGCCCAUUUCGUUGAAAAACAGGGGCGUGUCACAGCCGAAACCAUUUCUGGGCUCUUGAUGAUGCUCCACAGCCGCCUCCCAAUUUUUUGGAAACGAAGUCCAGUUGAAUUUCUACAAAACCUGACACCAAAAAUGUUUUUCGAUGCCUUAAUGAUCCUUUCGACCCAGGCCUACGACCAGACCGAAGCCACAGUCAGAUUAGACGGAAAGCUUUACUCCUUUCCAAAGUCCUUUACAGCGCUAAAGGACUUAUUUCUGAGUGCAGUUAAUCGCGCUAUCAUAAGAAUGCAUAGCCUGAAUGCUUCGGACGCAGCUUUACUGAUUGCCAUGGGAAGCAUGCAUUUCGCCUAUAAAAAAAUUCAAAAGCACAGGACUGGAAGAACAAUAACAAUGCACUUGUUUCUCAGGGAGGUUCAUCAUAUUAUGAAUAUUCUCACAACUUCCCAAGAGAGCCUUAAGACUUUGUAUGCAGAGUGCCACUUUUUAUCCAACUGGGAUGCACCCGAAGUCGAAGAUGUCCUUAAAUGCGCUUUAUUCCGUUUCCUAAAAAUAGGCUCCCUCAGUGAGAUUUCAUCCCAAAAGGAAGAUAUCGAGAGAUACGCCAAUGCGUUUGUCAGAAAGUUGGCUGAAUUAAAGGGCCAAGUGACAUGGUUAUCUUACUUGAAUCUGGAUUACUUCAAUAAAUCAGCCAAGAUCUACGCGAAAACAGCGGCCAAGUACAGCUAUCAGGUCCUGUAUAAUCAGUUGAACGACCUUUCAGGGAGCCCCGAAGAAGAAUCUGAGCUUGCACGCCUCAUGAAAAAGCUCCAUCCCUCUUUGUCGGGCUACAGGCCUCCCCGGCCCAAGAAGAAAUCCGGCUUCAUCGCCAUGCUCGCGCGAUUCAGAGAAAACAUUGGAAUUUUGCCAAGAUCUGUGAGGCAAAAGGUUAUCGACACUAUUCGAAAUUGUGUAGCACGCAUGAGACGGUUCCUCGGCUCCAGGAGGUCUUGGUUUUAUAGAUGGAAAAUCUCUCCGAGGGUAAUUCAGGGGCCACAUUUCAUGGGCGCACUAAAGUACGCUGAGAUUGCAACAUAUCCUGAUCCUGACAGCCAACGCGAGGUGCUCAUUGAAGUGUCGGACUUGGAGGAGUUUGGGAAGGUGUUGCUCACCCUAGAAACAGUGGCGGCCACACUGGACAGCCCGCAAGCGAUGUACAACACCGUUACCCAAGUUCGGGCGACUCCCGCCUUCACUCCAUCGGCAAGACAAGAACACGAAUCGCUUAUAGAACGAGCUAGACUGCUCGGGUCCGCUGUCGUGAAGGUGGCUGCUGGUUGGGUUCUUAAAACAGCCGGAGCUGCAGGGGUAAACAUGGCAUUGGGGCUUCUUGCACUUCUUGAUACGUCUGGAACAUACAUCGACAAAGCCCUACAGCUGCAAUAUCUUACUGCCGAAGCCCUGGCGUUUUUGAACUCUUCGCUGGAUCUCGGAUACCUGCUGAUGCAUUUACCCGAGCAGACACCGGCUGACGUCAAAGCUAUGCGUUUCCAUAUGCGCAGUAAACACCUUGGUGCUUUCGCCGUGAAAGCCCAAAGCGAGCCCAAGGGUUUGGGGGUUAACACUGCUGAUGAUGUCACAGUAACGGAUGCCAUUCGGCGAGUAGAAGCCUUUCUCACGGGAAUCUCCAAAGGCAUGGAGGGCUCUUCAUUUUACGAAUGGUGCAACACCCUCGUGAGUCGGGAGUUGAAAGGUCCGCUCACUGCAACAACAUCCUUCUCCAGUGAAAUGCUCCUAGCGUCUGAUGCAUUCGGAUUGUGUUUUCUUCUCCUCAAACUCCGGGACCACGCUGGAGCUGGGAUGGACACCAUCAAGAUUGAAGACAUUCUUCAGACAGUGUAUAUUGACCAGCAGCCAGUCUCUGAGCACCUCAAAUUCCUGCAAGAGAGGAAUGCUGACAUCGACGAAAGGAAGCUUAGGGUAAAGUAUAUUGAAAAAUUCCUCCAAUAUAUGCUAGUUGCCACAAUCGAAAGCCUUGGAAUCCACCUUGGAGCCAUUAAUUUCAGAUCUUAUGAUGGUGAAACAAAGGUUCUCUCUUUCCAGUAUACAAAACAGGAAGCUUCUCCGCCUGGAGCUCCAGCGGAAACACUGACAUUUGCAGCAGACCUGCUGCUUGGUACGCACACUCAACGGAAGCAAAGAUUUGUUUCUUUUGCAUUUGAAGGACCUCAAUUUUUGCUGGAAUGGUACAGAUACUUAAUGCCUAAAAAGCUUCGCGAAUUUGUAGACGCUGCUCGAGACAAUAAAGCGACAGUGUCAUACGCAGAAAUGAGAAAGCUUAGCAACGUAUAUACCGUCACGGAUCUCGCUGACUUGGCAUACAGUGUGCGGCAGUCUUCACGUAUAAAUGCAGGGACGGUGGCUCGCGAAGCCGCGCUGAGAGUAAUGGAGAAUGAAGCAGUGCCUCCUCUCACGCGCUAUGGUCUAGGCCACAUGUUGGUGGACGUGGUCAGCCAAGCGGAGCUCGUGAAAAGGAAAUGCAUAGGUAAAACCUUGGAUGAAUACGAUACUUUCAGAAGCAGCCCUCUUCUAGAGCGGGAGCUGUUCAAAUAUGAUUGCUUCUACACCAAGAUAUCUGAAUCGAGCGCUUUCGCCGAUGUGGCGAAUAAUCUCAAUGAAGCUCACAUCCGCGAAGUGAUGGAAGCAAUUGAUACUGCCUACGAAAAGGAGGCAGAGGUUCUUUACAACAAGCUGCUGAACAGCGAAGUUCCACAUACAAAAGUAGCCAAAAUGGCUUUCAAGUCAAUGGAGGAGUUCCCCAUUGCGGAUAUGGCGGACAAUCUCCUGCCAGAGUUCAUUGUAUGGGUGCGAGAAAAAAAACCUUGGGGUGAGGUAGUAGACGCUCUUAGAUUACAAAGAAGCACAGCCUGGACAGCAACCCGAAAAAGUACAACACUCGGCAGGCCGGUGACCAGCCUUGAGCAUCCGAUGCUCAUGAAUCCAUUCCAGAUUAUAAUUGAUGUAAUACUGUCGACACUGACCGGUACCGCCAAACGAAGGCGCUUCCCAGUGCUGGCUCCUUUGAACCGUCUUAAGGCACUUUAUGCAACAAUAAAGCCAGGUAGAAAGAGCCUCGCAGACUACAAUAACGAUUUGAGAAGUCGGAAGAGUCUGGCGGCUGAGCAGCUGGAUCGUUACAUGUCCCAGUUCCCGGAGGAACCCGUGGAGCAACCUCUGGAAGUAAACGAAACUCAAUAA